AUGAGGUUUUUUCGUUCCUUCCUCCUUUUGAGCGCGCCGCUCUACCCUCAAGCUUACGGGCAAGGCGAAGCGUAUACCCCAGUCCUCGAGAGUCAUGGCUCUGGGUCCCAGGUUCCUUCGACGAGGAAUAGCUCCCUUCCAGCCUCCACGGACCUGCCAUCGCCAACGCAGAUUGAAGAUGUAACAUCCUCGGCUGUUUAUGCAAGUCGACCAGCAGAUGACAGUGACUCGCUUGAGGUUUACUGUCUUCAUUCCAAAUGCUAUACAUCUACAAGACUGAUCACAAGAACUUUCUCAUGGCCCACCCACUGGCCCAGUAAAUAUCCCGAACCACCCUGCCACGACCCAUGGUGUUGGUGGUGGAAGACUGUCACAAAGACUAUUGUCAAGACAGAAACCGCCACAGAGGUUGUCACAGAGAUCACUACAGAUAUUGAGACUGAGACUGUCACUGUGCCCGUCACUGUGACAGAUGAGGAAACACUCACCUUGCCCCAAGAUACCAUCACUCUUCCCCCAGAGACCAUUACUGAUGUUACUACUCUUCCCCCCGAGACAACAACUGAGGUGGUCACCCUGCCUCCUGUCACAAGCACCAUUACCACUACACUUCCUCCUGAUACAGUGACAGUUCCCGGUGGGGUAACUACGCUUCCACCGCGAACAAUAACUGUGACAACAACUUUGCCCGCAAGCACAGUGACUAGAGUCACCACGCUCCCGCCCAGAGUAUCUACAAUCUAUCAAACAGUCUCUCACACAAAAACAAUCCCGGGAACAGACCGCACUGUGACAAGAACAGUGGAUUACAUUUCGAUCUGUCCAUCACGCACAUUGAACCCAACUUUUACUCCAACUGCGCCAGUUCCAUCACAUUAUAUUUGGGGUUGUCCACCGGGCACUCUUUGCAGGCCAAGGCACGGCCCCGAAGACGGUAACUGUAACUUCGAAGUUGGUCUCCCUGGCGCAGACUUUUUUUGCAGUCCGGAGGAAUGCGGGCCGCCACUGCCCGAACGCCCGCCACAAUAUUGGGGUGAACCAGUGUUUGGAACACAAGUUGAGAAAUAUGUUGUUUCCCCGGGUUAUUAUUACCUUGAUCCUCGAAUGUUCGGCCUCGAUUUCGAUGUAUUUGUGUUCGAUAAUACAACGAGUGAAUACAGUGAACACGGCUUACACAAGCGCCAAGGUGACAUUCAGUUACCUUCUAACUGCAUGGACGAGUGCAGUAAUGUGGCCCUCCCCAUCCAAAGCGGGAUAAGUCGUGAUGAGCUUUGUCUUAUCGGCUCCGAUUUCCUACAGUUUGUAAGCGAGUGCAGGGACUGCAUUGACCUUUUCGCCGAACCCGGCGGUGGCACAUUCCCGGAUAUCCAACCUCAAUUCGCGCAGUUCCUAAAUUAUUGUGAGCAACAUCCAGGCGAAUCUAGCGUCAGCCCGGAACCACAGCUUCCUUCAAGUACCACCCGAGACACCGGUUCGUCCACUGAGCCCUCAACUUCUGCUCCUACUUCUUCUUCUUCUUUCCCCUCUUCUUCCCCCUCUUCUGCUCCCCCGUCUUCGCCUUCUUCCUCUUCCUCUUUCUCUUCUUCGCCUUCUUCCUCUUCAUCUUCCUCUUCUUCGCCUUCUUCAUCUUCUUCUUAUACACCUGAUAGCUCUUCUGUUUCUACACGUUCUUCAGCGCCUGAGUCAUCUCGGCCAACAUCUCAAUCAGAGACCACACCAGAAAUGAGCACCACGGUCCCCACGGAACCUCCUUAUCCAACAACGACGCCCACACAAACCACCGCUAUGACUAGUCAUCCCAGUGAUGGGAUUCCAAUUCCUCCUUCUACUACGCCCAUAGAAUUCCCAGGAGUUGCGACAGCUAUUCAGCCACUUCCAUGGACCUCUCUCAUGGGAAGCAUAGCUGUAAUGUUAUUUGCAUUUUUUUGAACUUAAUAUUUUAUUGUGAAUACCUUAAUGUCCCCUCUACCUUGGGUCUCACACCGACGCAUCUCUUCUGCUAUGCCAGGCGAUCUAUCUUCCUCCGGCAUAAUGAUGCAUGCAACACUUGGUUGGCUUUAAAUUGACCGGGCUUCAGUGGAUCCUCUUCGUACACGCGCCCAAACCGAGUACAUCCCCCACUUUCCCAGCCACUUCCUGUACUUAAUAUCAUCACUUCCCUUGUUCCCUCCUGUAUCAGUUACCUGGGUCAAACAGAUUGCGAUCCUCACUGCGUAUUUAGAACGUGCCGUGUU